AUGUUGAACAAUUAUACUAUAAUAUGUUUAUUAGCGCUAGUUGCUAUUAUUUUAAGUAUGCCAACGAACAAUACAGAUUCUCAUGAAGAUAAUGAUUCUUAUAAUGAAAGAAAAUCUUUAUUUAUACGUGAUAUUGAAAGUAAAAUUGAUGGUUCCAUUCAUCAUGUUAAAGCAGCUGGUGUUACUUAUCGACAACGUAUAAAAAAUAACCAAUGUUUAGUUGAAUAUGAUAAUCAAUUCUUAUCAGAAAAUGAAGUUAUUAAAAUUCGAAAGAAAGUUUUUCGAGUAGAAAAUUGUUUAUUAGAACGUGUUUAUCAUGCAUGUGGUCCAAAUUUACUUUUAAUGUUAAGUGUAGUUUGUCGAGUUGUUGAACAACAUUCACCACCAAAUUCAUUGACAAAUUUUAAACGAGAAACAAGUUUAACAUCCGAUUAUUAUUAUGAUGAUUCAACAAUAUUAAAAAGCAAACGUGUUAUUACAGAAUCAUGUUGUGAAAAUCUUUGUAGUGUUUCGGAAUUAAGUAGAUACUGUCAUCAAUGA